AUGCCGCUAGCGGCCGAAUUACCAAUCGCCAUUGCGGCGGCUAGUAACGCACUCAGAGAGGUGUGGCGCGGAAGCAUUGGUUCUGUUGGAAGCGGAGCUCUUGAGAUAGUUGCUAGGGGCACAAAGCGAUCUAUAACGGGUACCUUGUGCCCAAACCAUCUGUGGGUAUCACCUACAUGCGUUAAAACGAACCUGAUAGCUGGCCGAUCGCCGACCCUCUUUGAUGGCCUGUGCCAACAACCGGAAAGAACAAGGAGCAGAAGUCUAACGGAAGGAAAGUGUCGGGAGUACUAUAAUUCCCAAAGGAUAAACCAAAUUAAAAUGUCGAGUAAUAGAGAAGAAGAGCCUCGGACACGGGGGCCCCCUGGCCCUGGGGUCCCGUGGCGGACGUGUCCGCUGCGGUGGAAGGCCACUUAUGACGACCAGGCAUGUCCACGGACUGAGAAACAAACCAUCGAACUGCCCCUGAACGGCAGAUACAAUGCUUAUGGUGCCACAUUGAAGGAAGGAACCAAAGAUUCCUCCAGGAAAAAAGAAUUCGAGAAACUCCAUGGCUGCAGGUGUCACUUACCCAAGUGUAAGGGACGCAAAGAAGCCAAGGGUGUUGCCAAAUUUAAAUGCGACUCCUGCGAGGAAUCGUUCCUAACGCAAAGAGGAUUGUCUAUGCACGAGCUACAUAGACAUCCAGCGAUUAGGAACUUGAAAAGAACACAAGGCACCAGUCGGGGAAAUACCAGACCAACCAACAGAGCCUCGGUCUGGUCCAAAGAGGAAACGGACCUCUUGAUAAAACUUAACGAGCGCUACAAACACUUAAAACAGCCGAACGUAGCGCUCAAAGAAUAUUUCCCCGACAAGACACUAAAACAAAUCAGCGACAAAAGAAGGCUCCUGCCCGUUCAGGAACCCGAAGACGUGGCCACAACUGAUGAAACGGGACCUCCUCCUUCCGACUCAUCGGAAGAGAGCAUAUACGAAUCGGCCACGGAGGACGAAGGAGGAGGAGAUAUGCAACAAACGGCUCCAAACGAUAGCUGGAAGGAGCCGUUUAUACAAAGUAUAAGAACAAACCACCUCGAAGAGGAAGACUCCCUUCGAAAGGUGGAAGAAGCCAUCGAAAGAAUGGCUAUGAAUGAAGGGGUAACUGAACAAGAGGUGGGCACCCUUCUUGAACAAUUUGUCGACUCCCUAACUCAAUCCCCAACAACGGAAAGAAAGGGGAGCCGACGUAAGAGUCAAAAGACUACAAAAAGAAAGACCACCCAUAACAAUAGAAAAAAGUUCUUAUAUGCCAAACACCAGGAGCUCUAUAAAAAGAGCCCACGAAGGCUUCUGGAGUUGGCGUUAUCGGGUGAGUCUAGCAGUGGCAGAGAAGUGGUUAAUCUCCCUGAGGCCGACUCAGUGGGUCCACUAUAUAAAAGUCUAUGGGGCCAAAUAGGCCCGGAAAAAACUCACAGAAACCAACCUAUGUGCAACAAUAUCGAUAUGAGCGAAAUUUGGACUCCAAUCGCCCUGGAGAGCCUUGUCGAAAAAUUCAAAAAGAUAAAGUCCGACACCGCAGCCGGCGCGGACCAGAUAAAGAAAUUCCACCUGAGAAAGAAAGGGGCACUACACGUAUUCGCCAAACUGUGUAACCUCCUCAUGCUGCACCGAAUAUACCCAGCACAGUGGAAAACCAACCGAACCACGCUUAUUCCCAAACCGGGGAAGAGCGCGGAAGAGGUUGAGAACUGGAGACCAAUCACCAUCGGGUCUCUGCUGGGAAGAAUAUAUUCGGCUAUGAUCGACCGUAAAUUACGGUCGAAAAUAAAGCAGCACAUAAGACAGAAGGGGUUUACACAGGAGGAUGGCUGUAAAAAUAAUAUAGCCAUUCUCAGUAGUGCCUUAACCAAAAUGAAAGAGGACUCAGGUGGAAUCAUAACCAUAAUAGACAUUUCCAAAGCCUUCGACACGGUUCCCCACGGCGAAAUAAGCCAAAGUCUGAUGAACAAAGGAGUCCCAUCGCCCAUAUGCGAAUACAUUCAAAAAAUGUACAUAGGUUGUAAAACUAUUAUAUAUUGCAGAGACAAGAAAACACUGCCAGUGGACAUACUGAGAGGAGUCAAACAGGGAGACCCGCUAUCGCCACUGCUUUUCAACUUGAUAAUAGAUCCCAUAAUAGGGACACUGGACGAGACGACGGAGGGCAUUAAAUUAGAAAACGAGAACAUUUCAGUUCUCGCCUUCGCCGACGACCUUGUCCUUUUGGCGAAAGACAAAGAAACAGCCGAUAAGCAAAAUCGGCUCAUCAAUGAAUAUCUGGACGACCUGAAAAUGAAAGUAUCCGCCGAAAAAUGCACAACCUUCGAAAUCAAACGGCAGAACAAAACGUGGUUCCUAGGAGACCCACAGUUGACGUUGGGUCAGCAACGUAUCCCGUAUGCCGACCCAGAAGCAGCAAUCAAAUACCUAGGAACCAACUUCAAUCCAUGGAGAGGGUUGUGCAAAACCUCGAUAAAAGAAAUCAUCGAUGCGGCUAGAACUGUCAAACAGCUGAAACUUAAGCCGCAUCAAAAAAUCAACCUUAUAAGAACCUACCUCUUGCCAAGAUACAUACAUAAAUUGGAAAUAUUGCACCUCCAUCCGUCCACCACGGACGGACUAAUAUACACUGAUAAGAGCCAUGGCGGUCUAGGGAUCCAGCGGGUGGCGAACAUAGUCAAGCUGGCCAAACUAAAACAUAGUAUACUAAUGACAAGGUCAGAGGAUAAUGCCGUCAAGAUAGCACUUAACGGGCAAGAGGGAAUGGUGAAAAGAUACGCCACGUCCAUAGGCCUACAAUGGCCAUGUGGAAUAGAAGAAAUCGAGGAAACGCGUAAAAAACUCAAGAGGGCGGAUACAAACAAAUGGAAAACUUUAAUUUCGCAAGGACAAGGCAUAAAAGAAUUUUUCGGGGAUAAAACCGGGAAUGCCUGGUUAUACAACCCCGAAAUGCUGAGACCGUCUCGAUACCUGGACGCACUAAAACUGAGAACAAAUACAUAUGGCACAAAAGCAGCACUCCACAGAGCGAAAAGAGACAUAGACAUAAACUGUCGGAGAUGCGGCGUCCAGGUGGAAACCCUAGGACAUAUAUUGGGACUAUGCACCCAUACAAAGAACAAAAGAAUAAAAAGACACGACGAAAUCUGCGAUCUUAUCGCAAAGAAUGUCUCUAAAGAAUACGUGAUAUUUAGGGAACCAGAAGUAGAGGUAAACGGUGACAGACGUAAACCAGAUAUGGUCAUAAAAGACCAUGACAAGGUAUACGUCGUGGACGUCACCGUAAGAUACGAAAACAAUGAUUCCCUAAACAAGGCCUACAAAGAAAAAGAAAACAAAUACAAAGAGACAGCGGAAAUUAUGAGAAGAGACUUGAAAGCAAAAGAGAGCAGAGUUCUGCCAGUGGUUAUCGGGAGCAGAGGGGCAGUGCCCCGAGCCACUAUAGAAAAUCUAAAAGUCCUAGGGCUUCAAACAAAACAUGCCCUGACGGCUUCGCUCAUAGCCCUCCGAUCGUCGAUCGAAAUGAUGACGAAGCCGCAAGGCCAAUCCAAAUUUAACAAAAGAACGAGACUACUGGUCGACAUUAAAAAGACGAAGCAGCUGCCAGCUGAUAAACAACAGAGCCCGUCUCGGCCUUUACACCGAGCGGUGCAAGUCCUGACGUACUAUUGUACGUCUAGGGCGCGGGGCAGAUUCUACCGUGUAGAAUCUGGGGCGACGCCUCCGCGAGGCACUCCCUGGACAACGUACGCUAAAGCGUACGGCUAA